UAUAUAAUAAUGAAAGUAGUUAUCGAUUUUAGUGGUUACUAUUUUAAAAGCCAAUUUAUUAUAAAAGAAUUCUGUAUGUGUCGAUUGCAAUACGAAUCAGUAAAAACUACUGAAAUAAGAAUCACUAAAGAUCCAAAAAAAACUAUUGGACGGCGACCGUACAAUGAUAGUUACAAAAAUUUUAUGGAUAAAUGCGGUAUUAAAAAUCCUAAUAAUUUAAUGAACUUAUCUGAUUUACGUAAAAAAAUAAAAAGAUUAAUUACUGAAAACUGUAAGAUUUACGUACGAAGUAAUGAACAAUUAAGUAAAUUGAUAUGUUUUAUCAAUGACAGUAAAUGCAAUUUUAAUGAAGUAAAAUUAAUGUGUAAUUUAGGUUUUAAUAAUGAUUAUGAAUUGACUGAAACAAAUUGUCCUCAUCAUAUAAAUAAAUCAAAUAAUUAUUGCGCGGGUGAUAAUGCGAAUUUAAUGGCUGAAUGUUUGAUACAACGUAAAAUAAAGAAAAAAAACUUACGUAAUGGUAUGCAAUUAGUUAUUCAUUUUAGUGGUUAUUAUGAUCAUGAUAGUAUAGUAAAAAUUAAAGAAUUGAGUAUUCAUGGAUUGAAUAAUGAUGGUAGACUUAUUUAUCAUAAACUAUAUGUUACUAAACCAGCAUAUAAUUUAACUGAUAGUUUUAUGAAUCAACUUGUUAGAAAUGAAUUCAAAGAUAUUUAUUAUGAUAAAUUCGGAAUUAAGUAUGAAGAUGGUAACUAUGAUUUAUGUCGUAUAAAUAAUAAAAUUAUUAAAAUUUUAAAUCAUCAUGAUAUUAAAAUAAUUUAUGUUAAAAAUUUGGAUUAUUACAAUCUAUUGAGUAAAAUUGUUAAAAACAUUAAACAACUUGACGUUAUUUGUUUGGAAGAGUGUAAUUAUGUGGAAAAUGAUGAUAUUAAAUUCGUCUGUCAGUAUCAUACACAUGAGGACAGUAAUAAAAAUAUAUGUGUAGAUGAUAGUGGCAAGAAUAUGGUUAAUUGGAUAGUAUGUAAUGAGUUUUAUAAAUCUGAGGUUAGAGAUCGGUUGUGUAAAACUAAAUUAAAUGAUAAUAUUGAUGAUGAAUUGGUUAAUCAAUUUAUAAUAGAUGAUAAUAAUGAAUUACCGGUACUUAAUUUUGACGAUAUGGAAUUGUUAUAAAAUGAUUUUGAUGAUCUAUAAAAAAUUAAUUAUAAUGACUUGGAAUUAUUAAUUGUUUAUUGAAGAAUUCCUUUUUUU